AGGGGGUCGAGACAUCUUACGGAGGUUCAAGCUCAUCUAGGUCGUUUGCCUGCCCUACGGAUCUCAAGUAUCCUCACAAAGGCCUGCCCUACGUUGCCAGAGCGACAUUUUGGGAGUAUCCCUCAGUUUUGAUAGUUUUGGUUGGAUGAGGCUUCAAAAAACACCCUGGGUGCUCCGGCAGAUGCCCGGCAGAUGCCAUUGACAUCGCCCGGCUGGCUGGGUACGGUGAGACGCUUGCUCCAGAAUUUGCAAGAGACGGGAGAGUACCGCAAGGCUUGAUUUCUGAGACACCAACUUCCAAAUGCAGGGUGAUUCAUAUGCUUUGAUUCAAGCUAUUGAUGUUCAAGUUCCAGCGACACAGUGUCUUUGGAUGCACGGAGACGGAAGCAGGACCACCUGCUCCCAAACUAAUGGUGAAUGUGAGAUUGAGGCAACGAAGUCUUAGUCAUUUUCUUUGGAGUCAGGACAGGCUGUUGAUACGGCACACAUUGUUUAGUCACUCAAGAUCCCUCAAGUCCUUUUUGACCCAAUCCGACACAGAUGAAGAUCCUGUCAAACAGACAGAGACUUGACAUCUUGGCAUGACAGAGACUUAGGCAAGGACGCUCCUAGGGGCUCCUGGCCUUGCUACGAACGGAACCAAGGGCGGGCAUCGCGGGCACCGCUCGGGACUGACGGACCGGAUGUGUCCAAAGAUCGAACCCGAUCCCAGCAGGUGAUGUUGAGGGGAGCCUGCAAGCACUAUACCUAGGUGACGAUGAAGAUCUCAGUGGAGCGGGUACCGGCGGAGAAUCUCACCCCGGAGUCCUUUGUCAGGGAGUAUGUGGCCACCAAUACGCCUGUGCUCUUGCAAGGUGCAAUACCUGAGUCUUGGGCACCAUGCCUCUCUUGGACGCCUGAAAGCUUGCUGGAGAUGGCCCCUUCGGAGCUGCGGGUGAAAGUGGCCCCGCUCAUGGAGGAUGGGCGUGACAAGUGGGUCGAAGAUGCCUCGCUAUGGCCCGGGAGACAUGACGUGAAGUUGCCAGGAGUGGUCCAUGGCAACUUGGUGCUUGCCGUGGCGGCCUCACGCAUUGAGGUGUCCUUGGCAGACUUUGUCGCAUCGCUACGAAAGGAAGGGCAGUGGCCUGCGCUCUACGCGGACGGCGCUGCGAACUUGGAGAAAUCCUUCGAGUUUUUGAGGUGUAAGUUGCCAGGGUUUCCAGCCUUGGGGGAGCGUUUGCUCUUCAAGCGCACCGACCUCUGGCUGGGCGGAGAGACCCUGUCGACACUGCACUUCGACAACGUUGAGAAUCUCUUUGCCCAGCUGGUGGGAGAGAAGGAGUUUCUGCUUUGCCCACCGGGCGAUACUCCCUUGCUGGCAGAUGGGCGGCUCAGAAAAGCCUACGCCACCUGGCAAGCCAGUGAAGGCAGCAAGGGCAACUUCGAAAGAAAGGCGGAAGGACUCUCAGAUGAAGCAGUCAUGAACUACGCGGUCUAUGACGUGGACGAUCCACCCGAGGAGUAUGCUGAGCUCGCCGCCCAGUUGAGAAAGACGGUGGUGACCGUACGCGCAGGGGAAGUCUUGUACUUGCCCUUCGGUUGGUGGCACCAGGUGCGAGGACGUCCCUCGCCCAGCGGACUUUGCUGUUCAGCUGCCUCCUUCUUUCAGCCUUUCUUCGUGCGUUUACAACCCAAGUCCUUAAGCCUCACCGGCCCUCUGCUGCGUGGAGCCGCAGCUGGCCGGGCCGAAGCAACGAACGAAGGGUUUCUGAUGAAAGGCACCCCAGGAGCGGUUUUGGAAACCCAAAGGGGCCCCGUUGCUGGUUCAAGGUUUGGGAGACAUCCAUCCAAAAGAUCCAAGUGUUGA